CCGCGCCUCGUGCAAGCGCGGCAGGGUGGUGCUGCGGGAGCACCCUGCUCCCCGGCCGCUUUCCCCGGCAGGUCCCCUGCCCAGCGCGGGGGCCGCGGUCCGGGUGCCGCCCAUGCGUUGGGCACAUCCCUCUGCCCGCCAAAGGCAUUACUCAACCAGCGCGGGAGAUACGAGCGGGAACGCGCGCCGACCGGCAUUGCCUCGCUUUUCCUUCCCGCUCCCUCCCAAAGCAGGUGCCGUCGCUCGACCCGGAGCCGCCAUCAUCGCCGCAACAGUAAAAAAUACUGCAUUAAACAACCAAAAAAAACCCCUCGCGUAUCUCCACCCCCAAGGGGCAAGUGGAAAGCAGCGGAGGAACUUCCGUCCCCGGCCACAGCGCUGCAGGCGGCACGGGGAGGCGGCGGGGCCCGCCGGCGGCGCGCAGAUGGGAGGCUGCUGGUUCCUGCUCUGCGCCGUCUUGCUGCACCGCGCGGCGUGCUCCGGGCACGGCGCAGCCACGGAGGUGAACGGGGCCGUGGGCAAGUCCGUCACCUUUCGCCUUCAGAGCCCCCCAGGAACACACGUGGCCUGGAUGGUCCAAAACGACCUGAUAGCGACCGUCAAGCUCGGAAACCCUCCCAGCAUCGUUUUUUUUGAUGAAAAGAGGGGGAGUCACCUGUCCUUCCCCGACAACGGCACUGCGGUCACCAUCUCGCGGCUGGCCAUGGGAGACGCCGGCACCUACAUGGCUCAGAUCUCCGACAGCACAAAGUUUCUCUUCAACCUGCACGUGUACCCGGAGCUGCCGCCGCCGGCGGUGACCUGCGUCUCGCACAACUGCUCCGCUGCCGCCUGCCGCUACGUGCUGCGCUGCGCCGCGCCGGCCCCGGCCGCCAACGUCUCCUACCGCUGGAGCACCGGCGGGGAGCCGCCGCUCACCGUCACCGCGCCGCUCCUCGAGCUGCCGCCGGGCCCGGAGCUGCCCGUCACCUGCACGGCCCGAAACCCCGUGAGCAGCAGCAACGUCACCGUGGAGCCCGCGGCCGCCUGCGCAGAAAACGCGACCCAAGCUCCCGCCACCGAAAUCUCCCCUGGCAGCCGGACGGUGAUCAUCGUCGUGGCGGUGAUCAGCGCCGUGCUCUUCUCCGCGCUGGGGAUCGGCUGGAUCUUCUGCAGCGCCAAAGCCAGACGGAUCUUCACUCCGCCCGCGGGCGACGCGGCCGCCGCAGGCGCCGAGCCCGAGUGCGUGACGGUGUACGCCCGGGUGGGCCACCUGUGGCAGGAUCACGCGCAGAAUUUCCCCAGCGCGGAGAAAACUGAUGCCAAGACGACGCCGGCGGCUGAUGGAGAAACCUCCAAAACCAUCUACUCCACGGUGCAGGCCACGGCACAGCUGCAGACGGACGACGAGAAGAUCUGCAACGGCGUCCCGGAGCAGGGCGUGAAAAGCCUCUACGCGACGGCGAGCACGGUGACGGCCCCGGGCAGCUCCAUGGGCCUGCUCUGAGCUGGCAGCGGGACGCCAGCGCGUGCAGACGCAGCUCCGGGACCCGGCACCCAGGCUCCUUUUUGCAUCCCCCCUGUGUGGACCGAGGGACGUGCAACGAGCCGGCGGCGGCAGCGAGACCUCCACCCUGCUCCUGGCAGAGACAGGAAGCUUUUUGCAGACCCGCUUGACCACCCCGCAGCAGUGCGGGGCGGACGCUGCAGACCGGCGCGCGGGCAGCUGCGGGACGGCAGCGCCGCGGCCGGUGCGGGUCUCCUCCCCUCCUCCCGCGUCUGCAGUUGCACGAGCAGCGUUAGUGCAUGCGAAAUUGGUAUAUGAAGGAGUAAAAUAGCGUAGCACUGGGUGUGGGCAGCUUUCUCACGGACCUCUCCCGCGAGCGGUGCCCGGGUCGUGCCGCAGCGACAGCCUCGAGCGCUGGCCGGGGCGAUAGCUGCCGCCGGACGGACGCCCGAUCCCCCCGCUCUGUGUCUCGUCUGGGGAGACAGUAAAUCAUCCAGGGCUGAACCCGGGGCUUGCUCCGUGUCGGACGCGGGCGAGCCCUCCGGGAACGGCUGCCGCACCGAGGCGCCGGGCGGCCGAGCUCCGUUGCUGCCCACCGGUUCCUCGGUGCAAAGGGCUUGUUCCUGGCAAACCGCGGGAGCGAUUUGCUUGGUCUCUGCAUUUUCAUGGUAUGUCAAGGAAAGACUGUUUUUAUGCUUUCUCAAAGUCAUUGAUUAAAAGAUAUACCUCAACGGGUAUUUUAACAGCGGA